AUCCCAAUCCCACACACAUUGUGAGUAUCAACAAGAAUACUCAUAAUAUAGGUAGCAUAUAGAGCUAUAGUUAUAUUGAUAUUGCUAUUUGUUAAGCUCUUAUUUCCUCGGCCAUGGCUAAUAAUGAACGUGAUCUCUUCUCGGCGGAGAUUGUGAAUCGUGGAAUUGAACCGUCGGGACCCAACGCUGGCUCGUUGACAUUCUCUGUGAGGGUGAGGAGGCGCUUACCGGAUUUUCUGCAAUCGGUGAACCUUAAGUACGUGAAAUUGGGUUACCAUUAUCUCAUAAACCAUGGCAUAUACUUGUUCACCAUACCCGUUCUUCUCGUGGUGUUUAGUGCUGAGGUUGGGAGCCUCAGCAAAGAGGACCUAUGGAAGAAGCUUUGGGAAGACGCGCGUUACGACCUUGCUACGGUUCUUGCUUCCUUUGGGGUCUUCGUUUUCACCUUGUCCGUCUACUUCAUGUCGAGGCCACGUCCCAUUUACCUCAUUGAUUUUGCAUGUUAUAAACCCGAUGACGAACUCAAGGUGUCAAGGGAGCAGUUAAUGGAGGUGGCAAGGAAAUCAGGCAAGUUCGACGAAGCAAGUCUAGAGUUCCAGAAGAGGAUGCUAAUGUCCUCCGGAAUCGGCGAUGAAACCUAUAUACCGAAGGCCGUCAUCGCCUCCACCGAGAACACCGCAACGAUGAAAGAGGGUCGGGCCGAGGCCUCCAUGGUAAUGUUCGGAGCCCUCGACGAGCUCUUCGAGAAAACCCGCGUCCGACCAAAGGACGUGGGUGUCCUAGUAGUAAACUGCAGCAUCUUCAACCCUACACCAUCGCUCUCAGCAAUGAUCAUAAACCACUACAAGAUGAGAGGGAACAUUCUGAGCUACAACCUCGGAGGAAUGGGUUGCAGCGCCGGGAUCAUUGGUGUGGACCUGGCCAAGGACAUUCUUCAGGCGAACCCAAAUAACUACGCGGUGGUGGUGAGCACGGAGAUGGUGGGGUACAACUGGUACCAGGGGAAGGAUAGGUCUAUGCUUAUCCCGAAUAGCUUCUUCCGCAUGGGGUGUUCCGCGGUUCUGCUUUCCAACCGUCGAAGGGACUAUAGCCGCGCAAAGUACCGCCUUGAACACAUUGUUCGCACGCAUAAGGGUGCCGAUGACCGCAGCUUCAGGUGUGUGUACCAAGAGGAAGAUGAGCAAAAACUAAAGGGACUAAAGAUCAGCAAAGACUUAAUUGAAAUUGGUGGUGAUGCUCUAAAAACCAACAUCACCACACUAGGACCCUUGGUGCUACCCUUUUCUGAGCAGCUUCUCUUCUUUAGCACCCUUGUGUGGAGGCACUUAUUUGGCAGCAAAAAUGAUGGGAAUUCACCCUCAAUGAAGAAGCCAUACAUUCCUGACUACAAACUGGCUUUUGAGCACUUUUGUGUUCAUGCUGCAAGCAAGACCAUUCUUGAUGAGCUUCAAAGGAACUUAGAACUGAGUGACAAGAACAUCGAAGCAUCUAGGAUGACACUGCACCGCUUUGGCAACACCUCUAGCAGCAGCAUUUGGUAUGAGUUGGCUUACAUGGAAGCAAAAGAGAGUGUGAGAAGAGGAGACCGCGUUUGGCAACUCGCAUUUGGCUCAGGCUUCAAGUGCAACAGCGUGGUUUGGCGCGCCAUGCGCCGAGUUACCAAGCCUUCUAGGAACCCUUGGCUUGAUUGCAUCAACAGAUAUCCUGCACCUCUCAACAACUGAAGCAAAAUUCUAAGGCACUAGUAUUAUGAAUCUAUCAGUGAGGUCAUGUGAAAGCUAUGGUUAGGAUCAAUAAGGGUAGUUCUAAGUUGGUCUUUAAAAUGUUACAGCUGCUUUCUGUUUCUUUCUCAUUUUAUUAUUCCUGGCUUGAAAUUCUAUACUUUUAAUUCCUCAUUAGGCAUAUGGUUGCCUCCUUGUUUAAUUUCUCUGUCUCUUCAUAGGAUGAUUGAUAUCAAAGUUGAUGGAUGGCUAUUACCUAUAGUCAAUGCUACACUACAUGUCUCAUAUUUUAUUUAGUUUAGUUGCUCUGCCUCAACUGCUUAGGUGGGCUUAUAUUAUACUAUGAACUAUGAAUUAUAGAUGAA